AGACCUAUAUCAAACAACUUUCCUCCUAAUUAAUUAGUACAGCAUAUCCACUCUUUGAAUUUCUCAUGAUCAUGGCUGCUGCUUCUUCUUCUUCUUCUUCUUUCACUGUUUCACUAGUGUUGGUGUGUGUCCUACUGGGCACCUCUUUAAUGGCUGUCUCUGCUAGUAAUUUGAACCAAGAUUUCACCAUCACUUGGGGCGAUGGUCGUGCCAAGAUGCUCAACAACGGGGACCUUCUCACUCUGUCCCUUGACAAAGCUUCAGGCUCUGGUUUUCAAUCCAAUAACGAAUAUCUGUUUGGGAAGAUUGAUAUGCAGAUCAAGCUCGUUUCUGGCAACUCUGCUGGCACUGUCACCGCUUAUUAUUUGUCUUCAAAAGGGGCAACGUGGGAUGAGAUCGAUUUCGAAUUCUUGGGAAACCUGAGUGGAGAUCCUUACAUUCUUCAUACUAACGUGUUCAGUCAAGGCAAAGGCAACAGAGAGCAGCAGUUUUAUCUCUGGUUCGACCCAACUGCGGACUUCCACACCUACUCCAUCCUCUGGAAUCCCCAAAGAAUCAUAUUCUCAGUGGAUGGGACUCCCAUAAGAGAGUUCAAGAACUUAGAAUCAAAGGGUGUUCCCUUCCCAAACAACCAACCCAUGAGGAUCUAUUCCAGUCUCUGGAAUGCAGAUGACUGGGCCACCAGAGGUGGGCUCAUCAAGACCGACUGGACCCAAGCUCCCUUCACCGCCUCCUACCGCAACUUCAAUGCCAAUGCCUGUGUUUGGUCUUCAUCUGGGUCGUCUUCUUGCAACUCCAAUUCUGCCUCCUCCAACAACUGGUACUCUCAGCAGCUGGAUUCGACGAGCCAACAGAGAUUGAAAUGGGUCCAGAAUAACUAUAUGAUCUACAACUACUGCACCGACACGAAACGAUUUCCUCAGGGCUUUCCUACCGAAUGUACUGCCAUCACUCGAUCUUAGAUAAAUAUACAUACACGCUUAAGGCUCCACGAUCUAUAUCAACGGACUCCACAGGAGUCG